UGUUCAGUCUGUUUGUCCCAAGAUGAGUUUGGAUCAAAAUAAAUCCUAAAGUAACUCUACAGUACUUACUACUGUGUUUAUCACAUACUGACUACAUUCCCUGCGAUGGCUCCAGAAAUUUGCCGAAAAGGGGUCCGACAUGUCCGGCAAGGGGUCCCAAACAAGGGGCCAUCUAGAGCCUCGGAAGAAUGAUGUUUAGAGGUACAAAUUCGUGGUUUAUAAAAACUGUAGGUGGAUGUCACCGAAAAAAAGUUUGGAUUUUGAUUGGUUUAACCACACAACCUUUUAGAAGGCCAUAAUAAGUUAAAAAUUAAUAUUUGUGUACCGUCUGCUAAUUGCCUUUAAAUAUAAAAGCGCUUUUUUCAUUGUUUUACGGCGUUCUUUCACCCAGUGGGCCUAUAGAAAUGCCAAUCAUUUUGUGCAUCGGUAGGCGAGUGGGGCGUUUAGCUGAAAGCUAUGCAACAAUGGGAACUGAUGCUAAAAUUAAACAAAGGGAAAAUGAUCAAGGCGGCAUCCAGUUAUAUAAACUGGUUCGAAAUUAAACAUCCAUCAUAUCCCAGAUCGUUUUGCUACUGAUACUACUGCUGUUUACUAAAGUUCCCGUAAUGUCUCGCCGUCAUCGCACUCCAAAGGAAGCACUAGUCUAUUUUGAUUUCGAAGAAAGUACUGCCGUAGUUAAAUCGAAGAAACUGCAUGGUGAUGUUGUGAUUGAUAACAUAGUUGAUAUUGUUUGUGAUGGAAAGAAGUUGAAGUGCCACAUCUUGGGUCUGUCUGAUGAUCCUGCCGAGUUGAUCGCAUUGGAUGAACAGUUUUGGAAGAAUGGUGGACUUGAAUUUGUUGAUCAAACCAUUGGCACUCUGCUGGACAACACGGCGGUUUAUCCUCGUAGUGACUGCAAAUGCAAUCAACUAGAGGAUAUUGUAGCCAGACAACAGAAGUUUUGCGAGGAGCUAAUUGAAAGGCAGGAAACUAUGUACAUGGAGAUGAUAGCCAGACAAGAAAAGUUGUGGGAGGGAAUGCUAAGCAGGCAACAACUGUUGGAGGAAAAAGUAGAGCAAUUAUUGGCAAGGUCGACUACACAGUCAGCCGCACCACAACCGCCAGCGCCGAAACCAGUAUCGUCGCUGCUUCUUGCACCAACACCGAAGCUAUACCGAAUGCAGGUAGCAUUGUAAUGAUUGGGGGUAUGUGUCCCCUUAGUGACGAGCGAUACCGUCGGUCGUUGGCUGGCAGUACGACUGCGACGUCAUUUAUUAGGCAGUUGGUUGACUGCAUGUUCAGUGCAGACAAACUUAGCCAAUGCAAUUUAAACGGCACAGCCGUUGUAGUGCAGGGGGAGAAGAUAGAGCGUGAGCCUCUCAUCCCCAAUAGGAUGAUGGCAAUAUUUAGGCAGGUGGAAAUUGAGUUUCCAGGGUCAACUUCUAGGUGUGAAAGGGCCCUGAAGGAGGCGGUAAACGGCAAGUGCCGUGCUCAUCGCUUCAACAAAAAACGGAGUCGUAUGUAAUCACGUGUUUAUUGUGUAAAAAAUGUGUACAUACUGUAAUUUAAUUCAAAAUUUUUUCAAAUUAAACUAUGUUCUAAUACCAAAAAAAUUGUUUCCUUUUAUUUGUACUUUGCAUUAUUAUGAUUUAUUUGAAGCGUGAAAGUGUUUGAAUGUGUGCAUGUUUUGCUGCAUAACAUUUUGUGAGAUAUGGUGUGUACGAUAAUAAUAAUAAUAAUAAUAAUAAUAAUAAUAAUAAUAAUAAUAAUAAUAAUAAUAUUUAUUUAUCAUCUUGGUAUUUUUAUUCACAUAAUAAAAUAUAUAUAUGCCUGCAUAAAAUAAUACACCGUAGGCUAGUUGAGAAACUAAAUUAUUAUUAUACGUUUUUAAGAUGAAAAUCAUACAAUAGGAUAUAAUGAUGAGUUGGCCUAGGAUGCAAAAUUAGGAUACAGAAUUAAAGUAAAGCUUAAUUUAAAUUAAAUAAACACUG